CAACGACGCAUCGAUAAUUCUAUAGUUAUCUCUUUCUGACUCAUUGUAUUUCUCGUAAAGCACUGGGCACGCGUAGUGAUCAAUAUGUCCACGUGAUCUGUCGUCAGUCGCGACUCGCGUAAUUGCAAAUGCAAAAUGUACAGGAAAGAAACGUUUGUGUUACAAUGAAAUCGUAAAUAUUUUGUUAUUAUAAGUUGUAGUGUUGUAGUUUUAAAAUGCCUGCGUCUAUUGGUGUCAAUUUACGUGUAACUGGCCACUGUAGCCAAGGCGGGAGAAAGUACAUGGAAGACUUGUUUUCCGUUGCUUAUCAACAAACUGAAGAUGAGAGGGACUUGGAGUAUGCAUUCUUCGGAAUAUACGAUGGACACGGCGGGAGCGAGGCUGCAGCUUUUGCAAAGGAGCAUUUGAUGGACUCUAUUGUGAAGCAGCGGCAGUUCUGGUCCGACAACGAUGAGGAUGUACUCAAAGCAAUCAGAAAUGGUUACAUGUUGACCCACUUGAACAUGUGGAAAGAGUUAGAAAAAUGGCCAAAAACAGUAACAGGGUUACCAAGCACGGCGGGUACAACCGCAAGCAUAGCUUUUAUACGCCGUGGUAAAAUAUAUAUUGGACAUGUCGGAGAUUCUGCUAUCGUACUUGGUUACCAAAAAGAUGGUUGUGAGGAGUGGGCAGCAAAACCAUUGACUUCCGACCACAAACCUGAAUCCACGACAGAAAUAGAAAGAAUCCAAAGAUGUGGUGGUAAGGUGGUCUCCAAAGCUGGAGUACCUCGAGUCGUGUGGAACAGACCUCGUCUCGGACACAAGGGACCCAUCAAAAAGAACACGCUCAUGGAUGAGAUACCUUUUCUAGCAGUAGCAAGAUCACUAGGGGAUCUGUGGAGUUAUAAUCCACAGAAUGAUGAAUUUAUAGUCAGUCCUGACCCUGAUGUUGGUGUGUUGACUAUAGACCCGUCCAAAUUCCGAUGUCUGAUUUUCGGCACCGAUGGCCUGUGGAACAUGAUUUCACCAGAGGGCGCCGUCAGUCUAGUUCAAGCAACCGAGCGGCAUAACGAAGCCGCUCUCGUCGGCGGGAAUGGGAACCAACCAAGGGACUGGUUGAACCCUUCCAAAAGUCUAGUGGAUCAUGCUUUGGAAAGAUGGUCUAACACUAGAAUGCGAGCUGACAACACGUCCGUGGUGACGCUAAUGCUGGACCCGCCGGGCCCGCCACGUGCCACCGUGCUGCGAUCACGCAGUAGCGGGCAGCGAGCCCCCACGGCCGCGGCCGCCGCGCCCGCGCCGCCCUCGCCCCGCGCCUCGCCCCGCGCGUCGCCCGAGCCGCGCGCCGUGCCGCAGAACGGGCUCACCAUCAUGACGCGCUACUCCGACGCCGCCGCCGCGCCGCCGCUGCCGCCCUGCGCCACGCUGGACGCGCGCCUGCCCGCGCCCGCCGCGCCCGACCCCGACGACGACGCCAUGCUCAACUACGGCAACCCCGCCGAGUCCUACUUCAUGGCGCGUCUGCUCAACCGCACGCGCGUCGUCAACACGCUGUCCGCCGUGCACGACGAGAUCUCCGGCCACCCCGCGCCGCGCGAGCCGUCCGAGCCGCGCGACCUGCCGCCCGGGCCCGCCACCGUCGUGCCGGACGUCGAUGCCGAGUCCGACGCGUCCACUGCUGACCGGCCUCCUCUACCACCACGAGCGGCGGCAGCCGAGCCUACCGCGUCUACUGUAGAACAUACGAACACGACCGACGAUGACGGUGGUAUCCAAAUAAAUGAAGUUUCAUCGAGUUCACCAACAGAAGGUCCCUUGAAACCUCGCGGGCGUCGUCCGCGCGGCGACGCACGACGCGACACGACAGCCGCCGCGCCCGACCGCGUACUGCGCUCGCACCAGGAGGCCGAGCCGCCGCAGCGCCCGCACACGCGCCAGCACACCCGCGCCAAGCCCAGCCCCGCGCCCGCCGCGCCGCCCUGUCCUGCGCCUCCCCUCGACCGCGUCGUCAUCCUCACGCGCCGCGCCCCGCCAGCACCGGUGCCGCCUCCUCCGCCGCGCACCGACCGACUGGCGGCCGGCGACGCCAAGCCCGCAGGACGCCGCGUCACUCCCGCGCCCGCCGAGCCCGCACCCGCAGACGACGACACCAAGCGCAGUGUCCCGCGCGCCACACGCUCGCAGGGCACACCGGGGGUGACGCCGCUGGCGCAGAAGAUAACCCGCAGUAUCGGGCUGUACGCCCGCGAACUGCGCGGCGCGGCGGCUGCGGCGGCGGCGGCGGCAGGCGCGCGGGCGGGAAACUCGCGCGCGCCCGGGCCGGCGCGGCGGACCCGGCGGCGCGCCGCCCCCGACCGCUCGAAGGAGAACCUCGGCGCCGCGAGGACGCGCCCGCGCCCGCGCCGCGCCCGCCGCCUCGCCCCGCCCGCCCGCACGCGCCGCGCCGAUAGCGCGCACGACGCCGAGGUGCACUCCACCACGCAGGAGCCGGCCGCCCUCCGCGUGUGUCGGCCCCGCCCGCCCCAUGCGGCCGCGCUGCGCUCGCGCAAUGACGCGGCGUCGCCCGUGUUGCGCGCUCGCGACGCGGCGUGCAGCGCGCGCGCUGCGGCGGAGCGCUGCGCGCGGGCGCUGGGGCGGCGCGCGACGGGUCCGUGGGCGCCGGCGCUGGCGCUGCGCAACCGCCUGCGCCGGCGCCUCGCCAAGUAGCGCGGAGCCGCCCGCGGUCCGGCGCCGGGGUCGGAUCCAAAGAUGACUGUGUCGUAUACGGUUGAUUUUCUGUUGUUGUUUUUUUAUUUUUAUCGGCGUCUCGGGCGUCGUAGGUAGUUCCGUAGAGUUGGUGACUCAGUCCGCGGCCGCAGACGCGCGGCCGCCGUCGACGUUAAACAAUAGUACAAAGGUAUAUUCUAUAUUUAACGUGUAAGUUUACCGCGUGGACCAGGAGGAUUUAUUAGCCCUAGUAGAUAUUUAUUUUCUCUAUAUUUAUAGCUUCUAUCGUAAUGCAUUUAACCGUAGGCGAAAUGUGAAUCUGAUUUUAAUUGUUGUGACGUUGAGUCAGAGGCUACGUAGUAACUUCAGAUAGAUAAACUGCCUUAUAAAGCGAGAGUACAACAUGUUAACAUUUUUAUAAAUAUUUUACAAUAAGAUGACAUUUUUUGAAAUUCAAGUUUAUAAGCAAUAAAGCCUUCUUCCUGAUCGCGGGCUAGGUUGAUGUUAAUUAGACUCAUGAUAUGAUAAAUCGAUAGUUUUACGACAUAACUGAGCAUGUGGCACUUUAGCUUUACACUGCAGUAUUUGUUAUAAUGUGGUGAUAUCCGUUUAUUAUUCACAAGAUAUUAGACACAUAAAAAUUUUGACAACUUGUUAAUAUACUGAUAGUAUACACAUAUUUAUUACAUAUAAAUUCUUUAUUAUAUUACCUAAUUGGAACUAUACCAAGAGUGCUUUCUCGAAAUAACGUUAGUUAAGAGUGCUAUAUCUAAUUAUUAUGGAUAAUGUACAGACAAAUUUUGUACAGGUAACACCAAAAUUAUUUGUUUAGAUUGUGCUAAUAUGUAUUUUAUAUAAAAUUAGCUAGAUAUUGGAGAAGUUAUUCUUUUGGGAAAAGAAUUGUUUUAUGUACUUCCUAAUUAAGCUUUAUUGAUUUUAGGACGUCAAACUGAAUGUUGUUACUUGUGCCGAAAUAGUUGACUGGGACGAGCUCGCGGGAGCGACGGUAACUUUGUUUACUAUGAACAUAUCUAUUAGCAUAAAAUAGUUGUACAAACACACAAAAGUGGAAACUCAACAUAUUUUCGGUUAAGGAUAAGUUGUUGGUGCAUGAACCAUUGUUAGUUAAUAUCUUGAUCGAUCUCCUCGUAGUUAUCCAUUUGUUAAAUAAUGCCUUACACUAUCCACCUCCACUUUAAAUUUAACUAUCGAAAUAAUGUGAUUAUGAGACCAUUGAUUUAUUUAAAAACCAAAAAAGGUUUUGCGUGAAUGCAACAUUGUUGAAACUGUAAAAUAUUAUGAAAAUAUUUUCUCUUACAGCAACAUUGAUUUGAAUAGAUGUACCUAAGAAUGGACUGAAGAUGUAAUGUUAAGUUAAAAGAGUCCAAGUUAUGUAUGUUACAUAUUAAUAUAAAUAAUGAAAAAGUAAUAGUGCCUCAUUUGUUACCGACUUAACAAAUACAUAGGUAAAAGUGUUCUUUCAUAUAUUGAGAUAUGUAUUUUUAUUGAAAAUAAAAUUUAUGCAUUGUAAUUUAGCUGUAAAAGAGGUUUAAUAUAAUUUGUUAAGCUAAUUGUGUAAAGAUUUUAAAUAUUGGCAGUCUGUCACUUAUAUCGUGAAAUCAAGAAAAUGUAUAGUUUAGUUAUUGAGUUUUGUUUUGUGACUUGUAAGGGACAGAAUGUCAAGUUGAGAAAUAAAUUGAAAUUGGUAACAAUUUUGUAACUUGGAGGGUAUUGCUGCCUUGUGAAAGAAGGCCGUAAUCUGACCACUGGGAUUAUGGCAAAUAAAUCGCUUACGAUAUAGAUUGAGAUGCUAAAACAAAUUUUAUUACUAUACAUUGAAAGUAAAAGGAUUAUUGUAGAUUUUAUUUUUUGAUUUAAAUAAAGUUUGUAUGAAAUA